UCCCCAUUUCCCCAGAAAACCCUAAUAUUUUCUCGCUCAGAAUUUUCCCGAGAAAAAACCAGGAACCAGCCAAGAGAGAGAAGAAGAAAAGGGCUGAUGGGGAACCCGAAGGUGUUCUUCGACAUGACGAUCGGCGGCCAGCCGGCGGGCCGGAUCGUGAUGGAGCUCUACGCCGACGUGGUGCCGCGCACGGCGGAGAACUUCCGCGCGCUCUGCACCGGCGAGAAGGGCGCCGGCCGCUCCGGGAAGCCGCUCCACUACAAGGGGUCGUCCUUCCACCGGGUGAUCCCGGGGUUCAUGUGCCAGGGCGGGGACUUCACCGCCGGGAACGGGACCGGCGGCGAGUCGAUCUACGGCUCCAAGUUCGCGGACGAGAACUUCGUGAAGAAGCACACCGGCCCGGGGAUCCUGUCCAUGGCGAACGCCGGCCCGGGGACCAACGGCUCCCAGUUCUUCAUCUGCACCGCCAAGACCGAGUGGCUCGACGGCAAGCACGUCGUGUUCGGGCAGAUCGUGGAGGGGAUGGACGUGGUGAAGGCCGUGGAGAAGGUGGGGUCCAGCUCCGGCCGGUGCUCGAAGCCCGUCGUCGUCGCCGACUGCGGCCAGCUCUCCUAGAUCGGCCGGGCGGCCCGUCAUCGGUCGCCGGGUCCCCCCUUCGGCGUCGCCGAUGAAUCUAUGUGGUGUCUUUGUUAAGGGUUUCUUGUUUUUCGGCUUUUAGCUUGUGUGGGGGUUUGUUCGGCCAAUCUGGUUAUGGUCGCUCUCGAUCGUUCGGUGGUGUUUGUGCGUCGUUAACUGCUGAAAAAAUAAGAUAUGAGCUUUUCCUGAA